AUGCUAUCCAAGGUGCUGUUAAAUAUAGCAUUUAAGGUGCUGUUAACUACCGCCAAGAACAUCGCCGAUUCUGACGAUGAUGAUGAACAUCUACCUUCUCCAGAUCUCCCCGGUAGUGAUGACCCUAUAACGGGUGAUCCUGAAAUAGGACCAAACCCUGUUACAGAGGAAAUGUUUUCUUCAUGGGCAUUGUUCAUCAUGUUGCUCCUAUUAAUUUCUGCAUUAUGGUCUAGUUAUUAUUUAACUCAAAAGCGUAUAAGAGCAGUGCAUGAAACUGUGCUUUCUAUUUUCUAUGGUAUGGUUAUUGGUUUGAUAAUAAGAAUGUCCCCGGGGCAUUAUAUUCAAGAUACAGUAACAUUCAAUUCAUCCUACUUCUUUAAUGUUCUGUUGCCGCCUAUCAUUUUAAAUAGUGGGUAUGAACUGAAUCAAGUGAACUUUUUCAAUAAUAUGGUAUCUAUCUUGAUAUUUGCUAUACCGGGCACUUUCAUAUCUGCUGUGGUUAUCGGCAUCAUACUGUAUAUCUGGACCUUCUUAGGUUUAGAAAGUAUUGAUAUCUCAUUUGCUGAUGCAAUGUCUGUCGGUGCUACUUUAUCAGCAACUGAUCCAGUUACAAUUCUUUCGAUUUUCAAUGCCUAUAAGGUAGAUCCUAAGCUUUACACAAUUAUUUUUGGCGAGUCUCUGUUAAAUGAUGCUAUUUCUAUUGUCAUGUUUGAGACUUGUCAAAAAUUUCAUGGUCAACCUGCAACAUUUUCGUCGGUUUUCGAGGGGGCAGGACUCUUUAUGAUGACUUUCUCCAUCUCACUGUUGAUAGGUGUUCUCAUAGGGAUUCUUGUGGCGCUUUUAUUGAAGCACACUCACAUAAGACGCUAUCCUCAAAUUGAGAGUUGUUUGAUCUUGCUGAUUGCAUAUGAAUCCUAUUUCUUUUCUAACGGUUGCCACAUGUCUGGUAUCGUUUCCUUGUUGUUUUGUGGUAUUACUUUGAAACAUUACGCAUAUUACAACAUGUCAAGAAGAUCACAAAUUACCAUUAAGUAUAUUUUCCAAUUGCUAGCAAGAUUAUCAGAGAAUUUCAUUUUUAUUUAUCUAGGUUUAGAACUUUUCACUGAAGUAGAACUAGUCUAUAAACCUUUAUUAAUUAUUGUCGCUGCUAUUUCUAUAUGUGUUGCUCGUUGGUGUGCUGUGUUUCCGUUGUCCCAGUUUGUUAAUUGGAUAUAUAGGGUGAAAACAAUCAGAUCUAUGAGUGGAAUAACCGGGGAAAACAUAUCUGUUCCUGAUGAGAUACCCUACAAUUAUCAAAUGAUGACAUUUUGGGCAGGUUUACGUGGUGCUGUUGGUGUCGCUUUAGCUUUAGGAAUUCAAGGUGAGUAUAAGUUUACUUUGUUGGCUACAGUCCUUGUCGUUGUUGUUUUAACAGUUAUCAUUUUUGGAGGGACCACUGCGGGAAUGCUAGAAGUUUUAAAUAUCAAAACAGGCUGCAUAAGUGAGGAAGAUACAUCCGAUGACGAGUUUGAUAUAGAAGCUCCAAGGGCAAUAAAUUUGAUUAGUGGUCGUUCCAUGCAGACAGAUUUGGGGCCAUACUCUGAUAACAAUUCACCAGAUAUUUCAAUCGAUCAAUUAGCAGUCACAAGCAACAAAAAUAUCCCUGACAUCUCAUCCACAGUUGGUGGUAAUACUUUUGGAGACCUCAAUGACACUGAGAACACUAGCCCAAACCCGGAAAGACCUUCUAUUGACAAGCGCAAUUUAAGAGACAAACUGGGCACGAUCUUCAACUCUGACUCACAGUGGUUCCAAAAUUUUGAUGAACAAGUAUUGAAGCCUGUGUUCUUAGACAACGUAUCGCCGUCACAAGAUUCGGCCACUCAGUCACCCUCCGAUUUCUCUUCCCAAAAUCGCUAG